AUGCCCUCCCCUUCUUUGCCGGUGGCCCUCCUCCUUCUCUUCUCCUCCUUCGCAGUGGCCGCCGCCGAUGAGGACUCCUGCAAUCACGUUGCGCAAUUGGUCAAGAUAAAGAGCUGGAUUGAUGGGAAGGAAGAUAAAGAGUAUAAUGGUAUGACUGCAAAAUUUGGCUCUAAUUUGCCUGACACUGCUGAUCAAAAGACCAAAGCUCCUGCUGUUUUUUCUGAUCCUAUGGACUGCUGUUCCGCCCCAACCGCCAAGUUAUCUGGAUCAGCUGCUCUCUGUGUACGAGGCACUUGUGACUUCACAACUAAAGCUACAUUUGCGCAGUCCGGAGGUGCUGUUGCCGUGUUCAUAAUAAACGACGCAGAUGAACUCUUUGAGAUGGACUGCACCAGCAAUGACACUAAGAUAAAUAUUGCAAUUCCAGUUGUGGAGAUAACAAAGUCAAUAGGAGACACUCUCAAACCUUUGACAUCUAAAAGUAAAGAACUUUCUCCCUUCCGUGAAGCUUAUAGCAUGUGUCCUUGGUGUGAUCUCACCGUUUGCAUGGAGGUUUUGCCAUAUGCUCCAACUCGCCCAGUUGUAGACUACUCAGUUGCAUUCUUGUGGCUGAUGUCUGUUCUAACAGUUAUAUGUGCUUCUGUAUGGUCUGAUAUAACUGCUCCUGAUCAAAUCGAUGAACGCUAUAAUGAGUUGUCUCCCAAGUUCGAUCAUGAUGCAAAGGUGUACUUCCAGCGACUAACAUUGUUCCAAUUGGACAUUUGUAACCAUAUUGCUAAUCAGUUAGCUAUUAGAAUGGAGCUAUGGAGAAUGAGUGCUAUGUCUGAAGCAGGGAAAGAUGAUUCUGAGGAAAUAGUUAACAUAGAUGCAAAGGGUGCUGUCGUGUUCGUCAUUACGGCUUCUACAUUUCUUCUUAUUCUGGGUCGAGAGUGUUUUUGGGUCAAGUUUGUGUUUUCAGAUAUUGGGCCUGACCGAUUGGUGCAUCGGUCUCUACCUGGCCGUUUGCAUCAGUCUUUGAUUGCAUGCAUCCAAAGCACGGUUUACCAAAGUAUGGGUAAUAUGUACAGCUCCUCAGUCCUGAGUAAAGGGACUAAGGAGAUGCCCGAUUGGGGAAAUCGGAACCUUAACCGUUACACAACAACACAGUCUCUCAAACCUGAGCAGAAGAUGAAGUGA